AAACCUGCCAUGUCUUUGGUUUUAAAAAUGGCGUAUACAAGCUUUUUGUUUGCCGGUUUACGCUGUUAAAUAGUUCCCAAGACCCCGCGCGUACUUAGAACGAGUGGUAAACGUCGUGAAUAUGAAAUUGAAGUACAUGUGUAGGUAUAUAAUCAACACUAUGGACUCCGUGAAGGAAUUUCCGUAGCGUUAUGGUGAAUUAGAAUGGUGCCUGUGGCUCGUCAAUCUUGCACGUCGUCAGGUUACCAGCUCGUAACGUAAAUAUCACCUAGCGAGCCUUUUGUAUUUCAGAUAUGACAGCGUCGCAAAAUAGUAGAUAAUGGAGAGUUCGGAAGACGAUGCGGGCGGCGCAACGAACGCUUCCCGCCGUGCAUCGGCGCGGGAAAAGGACAUCAGACCAAGAGAAGACGGCGGCACGAGUGGUGCAGCACCACCGGAGCCAGCAGAGACUGGCAUGGCAAGCGAAACCACCUCGAUGUCGGAAUUCGACGGCGACAGCGUGCCGUCGCCGUCGCAAGACAACACCAGCACUGAGGCUAUCCUCGACAUGAUUGACGAGAUUGUUGAAGGUCCCGCCGCACUCAGACGCCGCUCGCACUAUUCUGAAGAGCACAACAACGAGAACAUCAGUGCAGAAAUCGGUGAACAGUCCACCGCAAAGCCAGAUCCAAUUGCGAGGGACGCUCAUAUAAGUCCAUCUCAACCAUCAUCAACAUCACCUUCAGCAUCUAGUGCCAAAAGUGAAACAAUAUCACAAGAGAGUUCUGUUAAGGCGCAAGUGGAAAAACCCUCUCCCAGUGUUACACAGGCAGCUGGUGCUUCUACAGAGGGUAAUACACAAGACUGUAAGGAUAAUACACAAGAUGGUACCAAUGAUAAUCAACCUGAAUGUGUAAACAUUUCAACAAAAGCUGAAAGUGCAUUACAACAGAGUUCUAGUGAUACACAAGAGGAGUGUACUUCUAAUUACCAACAACCAGUAAGUGUGGUUGUUACAGAGCCUGUAAUACUGAACAGUUCAAGCGAAGUAUUGCCAGGUGAUGAUUCUGAAAAUUUGCCACAAACAAGUAUAGAUGUAACACCUGUGGAUUGCGCAUCUCAAAACACUGGUCAUACAGAAUUAUCGCAGGCUAGUUCAUCUGGAUCUGUGAAUGAGGCAGCUGAAUCUACUUUACCCGAAGCAAGUACCAGCAUAAGCAUGAAACCUGAAGCCCCCAGUGAUUGUGCUUCACCUAAUAUUCCUUCCAGCAGUGUGUUAGAGAUUGUUCAAAGUGCAUUGGACACUAAUGAUAGUGAAAUUUGUGGACGGACAAUAAAAUGCGCAGCAUCCAGUGAAUCUCGGGACAAUGUCACAGUUGAAAGUGCAGAAUCUACUUCAAGUGACAGUUGUGUUAGUGAAACAAGGACGAUAACAGUGGAAUCAUCAACAAGGUCACCACUACGACGUCGCCUUGUCCGGCCCACAGCCUGUGACCGACGUCCGGACUCAACAGUAUCUUCUACUGUUGAUACUCAAGUUCUUAACAUCCACACUACAGAACAGACACCUAGUGACUGUAUAGCAAAAGAUGUUUCUAGUUCUUCAGACACUGUGCCCCAUGUACAUGAUAAUGUUAAGCCAGAAGAGAUUAGAAGUGUAAGUGAAAUUAGUGUCUGCAAAGCAGAAACAUCCAUAAACUCUCCAAAAAAAAUUAAACUUGUUAGACAAAAAAUUGCCCCUCCACUUAUUGAUGAGGAUGAUGUAACUGAAGAACCUAAAUUACCCUCUGAUUCUGAUGUGUGUCAAUCGACAUCCACAGAGAAUGUUACACAAUCUUAUUCCAAGCCAACCUCUGAUAACAAUACUAGCAUUAAGGCUCUGGAAUGUGCAUCUCUUGAAGUGCCUAAUGAAUGUACUGUCAAUAUACCUCUUACUUCUACCAGUGAAGUUUGUGCUGAACGAGUAACGGAAGGCCCACAAGUAUCUGAGCUAAGGGCACCUGAAAGCUGCAGUCUUUCAAGGCCAUCUACACCUGUGCAUGAAAAUAAAGAUAAUGAAAAUGACCAAAAGAGAGUUCCACCUAUAAAAUUAAAUCUGAAUGUGAUGAACACAGAAUCAUCUCAAACUAAAUCGGACAAACCUGAAGAUCAGAGUGAAAACACUUCAAAUGAAGACAUGUGUCAAAAUGCUUCUGAGUCUACCAAACAAGUCCCUAAAUUGACUAUUAAGUUAGGUAAUAAACAAUCAGAAGAUGCAAAAUCUCCCAUACCUAAACUGACAAUUAAACCCAUUAGGCCGCCUCCUGAUAUUGAGACUAAAAAAGAUCCUAUUGAAGCAAUCCCAUCAGUAACCAAAUUGAACAUUAAACCAAUACCAAAACCAGCAGAAAAGUUGAAUGACAUCCACAGGAAGUCCAGCAGCAGUGAAAUUUCCGAAUCAGAGAGCUCAGAAAAUGAUGAAAGCAAUAGUACAUCUGAUCAAACCUCUGCAUCUGAUCAGGGCUCCUCUGAAGUGGUUCCAAAAGUUACUAUUAAGCUUGGAAAACCUGGCACUGAAAGUGAAGGCAAGUUUUAUACUGAACCUAAUGUACCUAAACUGACCAUAAAAGGUUUGCAACAUAGUGUCUAUGAGGAAAAAGAGUCCGUAUCAAAACUAAACGUCGCAAUUGCCCAAACUGAAGAAAAACAAGCUGAGAAAAUUCCAAAAUUGACAAUAAAAACUAUAACAAAAACUGAAGGGCAACCCCUUAGUCCAAAACUGACAAUAAAACCUUUAAAACCACCUGAUACUUCAAGCAAAGACAGUGGUCACAUACCCAAAUUGACUAUCAAACCUAUUUUAAAAACAGAUGAAUCUACAUCUAAAACACCAAAAAAGUCCACUGGUCUGUGUGAUAGUCAGGAACAUAUUCCUGUCGUUACUAAAUUAAAUAUAAAGCCUAUUGUAAAGCCUGUAGAAAGCGAAACAACUGAAGGUUCAGAUGAAAAACUUCCUAUUGUUUCAAAAUUACAUAUAAAACCUGUCAUCAAACCAACAGAUUCCGAUGAAAUUGCAACAGACUCAAUAGAAAAUAAAGUCCCAGCUAUUUCAAAAUUAAACAUAAAGCCACUUGUUAAACCACCAGAGUCUUCAGACACUCCUACUAUUGAAAGUAGUAUUCCUGUGGUAUCAAAAUUGAAUAUAAAACCUAUAGUGAAAUCAGCAGAUCUUGGGGAAACAGCACAGGAUGUGGGAGAGAUUAUCCCAGUAGUAUCGAAAUUAAAUAUCAAACCAUUAGUCAAACCUGGUGAAAGCGAAACUACUGAAAAUGUUGAAGAAAUAGUUCCUGUAGUUUCAAAAUUAAAUAUAAAACCUGUAGUAAAGCCUAAAGAUAAUGCAGUAGAGGAUAGUGUAGACGAUGUACCUAAAAUUACGAAGUUGAAUAUUAAACCUUUAAAAGAGCCUGAAGUAAUAUCUUCAGCAGCAAAAGACUGUGAUGUAUUGAAUGCUGAUGCUGCAGAAAGUAGUAUACCUGUUGUUAUGAAACUUAAUAUUAAGCCUAUAGUUAAGCCAGUUGAUGAAGACACAUCGAAAGACUCAGAAAAUCAAUCAUCUGAAACUGGGAACUCAAGUGAUGACAACACAGAUCAUAUACCUGUGGUAACAAAGUUAAAUAUCAAACCUAUUGUAAAACCAGAUGACUUGGAAAUAACAGCAAGAUCAAGCGCAUCAAAUGAGGAGAAUGUUCCUGUAGUAACUAAAAUCAACAUAAAACCUUUGAUAAGACCAGAAGAAAGUAAAUCUCCAGGAUCUCCUAAAAAAGAUGGCUUAAAAAUUACGAAACUAAAUAUAAAACCCGUAGUGAAACCUGAUGAAAUUGAUCAAGAAAAAACAAAAAGUGAUAAUGAUGAUGCAAUGUCUAAAAAUCCGCCUUUGCUUAUGAAAAUCAAUAUGAAAGCUGUGGCCGAUAGUCCCACUAAUGACUGUUUAAGUAGUUCUGCUAAAAAAGUCAACAGUACUGAUACUUAUAAUAAUUUGGACGAGAAUCUCCCCAAAGUUACAAAACUUAAUAUAAAACCUGUUACUAAACCAUUAGAUGUGGAAAAUAGUUCACACCCUGAAAUGUUUAUGGUAAAUUGUAAUCCAAGCAGUUCCCAUUCGCAGGCGAUGAUAUCAGAAAUCUUGAAGCAAAACUGCACAGAAAUUAAAGAAGUUGUAAGUCCUGCACAACAAUUCAAGGUUUCAAAGCAAGAAAAUCUUGAAAAGCAAGUGACACUAUUAAAACAAAGUACGUUAAUAGUAAAAUCUGCAGAUGAACAUAUGACAAAUAAAUUAGUGCACAGUUGUGAAGAUAACCAAUAUAUGAAAUUCAUAAACACCAAAACCUCAGCUGAAUCUGACCUUGUGCAAGCGACAAAUAGACAACAGUCAUCAUUGCAAAACUGUACUUUACUUAAAAAGUUAUUAGAAACAAAAAAGGAUGGCCUAGAUAAAAGACUUCAAGAAUCAAAAGUAAAUGUAAACCACUCACUAUCACCAUCAUCAAGAGUUGAAAUAAACUUACUAAAAGGUAUGAGGCAUGAUACAACUAGACCAAGUCUUGGAAAUGAAUCAAUCCAGGACACAAAUCAAGAUACAGUUAAUGAUUUUGGAGCAUUAACAACUCCAAAAACUGUUACUAUCUCAGAUUCCCAUAAAGAUACAAAUGAUAGUAUAACAAAACCACUUGAAAUUAAUACAUCUGACAAAAUAACUAAUCUAAGCUCUGGGCAAGAUUCUCCAAGAAUCAUUUUGAAAAUUAAUAAGACUGAUCAUGGUCCUUCAGCUAAAAUAAUAACAGAAGAGCCUAAUCGUCCAGAUACACCUCAGCAAGAUGCACCUGAUAAUACUCAAGAAGUGCCGAACGAUAAACAACUUCAAAAAAAGAACUUGGUAAAUAGCAGAAAAAAGCCAGUUUUAGAUACACCCAAUGAAUCAAUGGGUAAAAGAUUACGAAGUUCCAGAAUAGUUGAACAUACGGAAAAGACCACAACACCAAGAAAAAAUGCGGGGAAACGACCAUCUGCUACAGAAAUAAGUCCAACACAAGCUAAAGAACCUGAACUGUCAGUAUUAGAAACAAAAAGGUUAAAAUUAGGACAGAUUUUAUCAAAUAAAUCUUUUACACCUGUGCCUUCAAAUGAACCGCUCAUACCUUCCACGAGACCAGUGAUAGAUAUGAGACCAGGUGAGAAGACCGUCGUGCAUCAUGCACUUUUAAACAAUGAGAACUGUUCUAAAAAUGGUAAUUCGAAACUACACAAUAUUCUUUCCAAUCUUCAAGUAAAACAAGCCCAAGCUUUGGCUUUCAAUGACAUUAACUGUACUGAAAAGAAGCCCUCGAUUCCAGAGCUGGACUCAAACACAUCUACAGGUAGUUCAGAUGUUAUUGAAAUAAUACCGAUAGAAAAUUCACAUCCAGAGGUGCAACAGAUGAUUUUAAAUGAAAACUCAGAAUCGCGCGAUUUUACUAUAGUCCCCAACGAUUUAUCGCAAGAUCCAUUAGAAGUAGACGCGUCGAAAAUAAGUACCGAACAAACAAGUGCAAGUCCCGACACUCCCAAGCUGGAACAGUUGACGCCGCAGCCUAAGAAGCGCGGACGACCUCGAAAAUUGCCUGUAUCAGAGGGUGCAAAGCCCGCACCUGUCGUGUUACCUGUGCCAGCGUUAGAGGAACGUCCGCAGCGAUCACUCCGAUUGUCUAGAGACCGUCCAGCGAUACUCGUCAAAACCAGAUUGAGAGGUCGCGGGCGAGGCGCCAAGCGGCUGGAGGCCAGUCGCCCAGUUGAAGAACCAGUCGUCGACACUGCUACGAACUUCCUCGAAGAACAAAAACCCAGCGAAGAAAUCGACCCUACCAGUUCCCGAAUAAAACUACCCCGCAUGACGGAGGCUCUCGACAAGAUGCCUUCCACGUGCGCGACACCUCUAUCGAGUAGAAGACGAAAGUCAUCUACGACGGAGGGUCUGCGGAUGUUCGGGGACACGCCUGAGCUGAAAGUGGUUUUAAACACUAUACCGCAAAUGGACGAGGUGAUGACCAACUCCCCCGAGAUUCCAAGCGGGCGUGGUAGCCGAGGGGGAAGAGGCUCGCGCGGGGGGCGGGGUCGCACACCAAGAGGCACACCGCGCGCUAGAGGCAGAGGGCGGGGCGGAGGACGAGGCGCCAUGUAUAUGAAGGAAACGAUGGGCAUAUACGGGCGCGUGUGUGGGCCAGCGACAACUACUGUCGAGUUGUUCGGAGAGGAGACCUGCAUGAUGGACGACAAUGCCACGCCCGCCAAACCUUCACAUUUACUGGAUGAAGACUCCCAAAGUUCUGUGAAAAGCUCGACAAAUGAGAGCAGUAAGAUGAAGAGAUCGAAAUUCGCAGACCUAUUCGACAGUAACAAAGUAUGGAUGGCGUCUGAUGUCAAAGAAUACAUGUGGCCGCCACCAGAAAGACCAGAUGUUCAACACCAGGUAAUGAUGAUCCAAGAACAAGUGGCAAUGUUCCUUGGCGUAAAGAGCUUCAAGCGACGCUACCCGGAGUUGAAACGACGGACCAUCGUCGGCGAAGAAAAGGACUACGUCCUAGGCAAAGGACUGGUCACAGAAGCCCUUUGCAACCUUGGAAUAACAGCUGUAGACGCGAGCGAAGUCCUAGACAUAAUGUUAUCAGAUUAUCCUCACAAAUAUGAAGAAUAUAGAUCCCACCAGCAUCAGAAGCAAUUGGCGGAGGCAGCGGCCACGCCACAGCCUGAAGAGUCCGUGCCCACAGUGCCUGGCGAAGAGGCAAAGCCGGAUGUACGAAUCGAUCGGAUUGAGAUGAAGCCGGAACCUAAACCCGACAGCAAACCUGAACCAUCGAAAAUUGAUCUUGAGAAGAGUAGACAGGAGAUGGCGGCCGCAGCCAUUGCGUCAGCAAGCGAGUUCAACGUGCGCAUGAACGCGGCGCGGCGCGGCGCAUGCGUGGACCUGCAGACGCUCACCAUCCAGCGCCGGCGACCGCCGCCCACCAAGGCGCCCGAGCACGUGCGCCCGCCGGGAGGCUUCUACCCCCACGCCUUGCUGCCUGGCCAGUACCAGCACUGGUACCGAGUCUACACGCCCGACCAGCUACGAUAUUUCCCCAUGAACACAGCGAUGGCGGCCCCUCCGGCGCCACCCUCACCUGUGCCUUCAUCUUCCGAAUCGGAAGGCGAGUGGAGCUCCACCAGCUCCAGCGACGAUUCCACCAACAAUAAACUACCUGCCAAGCGGAAAAAACUAACUAAGACUAAGCGAAGCAGCCACACAGACUCUAUGGACAAAAAGGACGAGAGCAAAGAGGGCGAGGUGGACCUCUGCCGCGUGUGCAAACUGCGACUUGAGGCCAACCGCAAGUACACACACGAGCGGUUCCUCGUCUGCUCCAACUGCAACGCCAAGUUACACCCGGGUUGUGUGGAGCUAAAUGCAGACACAAUCCGCAAAUGCCGCGAGUAUGCGUGGCAAUGCGCCGAGUGCAAGUCCUGCUGCGCCUGCCGUCAGCCGAAGGACGAUGACAAGAUGUUGUUCUGCGAUCUGUGCGACCGUGGAUUCCAUAUCUACUGCGUCGGUCUCGAGAAAGUACCGAGCGGUCGAUGGCACUGCGUGGAAUGCGCAAAGUGCAAAUCGUGCGGUGCGCGCGACCCCAACGGGCCGCAGGCUGAGGCCACCUCGGGUGGGACUUCGAGCUCGGUUGCGGGCUCGGUGUCCGUGGUCGGCGGCGGCGAAUGGCACCACCAAACGCGGCGCGGACCCGGUGGACAUAAGGUCUACUCACACUCGCUGUGUACGCCUUGCGCCAGGGCGUAUCGCAUCGGUCGCUACUGCCCCCUGUGCGAGCGCUCCUUCAUCGGACCCAAGGGGACCAUGCAGCUCGUCAUUUGUAAGCUCUGCGAUAGGCAGCACCAUCAAGACUGCGUUAGGCAGACGGUGUCGCAGCUGAAGGUGCUGGACUACACGUGUGGCGAGUGCAAGCGCGGCGGUAUCACGUCGCGCGCGGCCGCCGUGCGCCUCGCGCCGCGCACCAUCGCCACGCUGUUCAUGGCCAAGCGGCGCUUCAACAAGUACGCGCACCGCCAGUACAUGCAGAGCCGACUGCAGGGCCAGCCCAAGGGCUCGCAGGACGGCUCCAACGAUGCCGAUGCCGACGCCAGCGAGUCGUGCGAGCCCAUCGCGCCCGCCGAGGAAGUCUCGGACGCGUCCGAGCCCGAGGCCUUGGGCGAGGCCAGCGACCCCCUGGAGGGCGCGGGCGAGCCGCCACCCGGCGAGGCCGCCGCCGCCGUCGCCGCGCUACGCAUGAACUUCGGCGACUGAGCCCGCCCUCGCCGGGGAUGCGACUCGACCUCGUAGGGAUGUAACUGUAGCCGAGGAGUGCUCGUUGGAGAGUUGGCAGUGCGGGGCCCCUUGUGAGUGUAUAGAAUGGACUAUGUAAUAUAUCUAGCUGUUAUAUUAGAAUAUCUAUAACUAUUAUUCGCUUCGGUAAUACGAUUGUAAGGUAAACUGUUGCAUAAAUCUGAUUAAUAUAACGAUUAACUAGUAGGCUAUGUAUAAGUAAGUUAUCGGAUAGUGAAGAGAUACUAGUUGUACUGUAGCUUUAUGUUUUCACUGCAUAUUCUUCGUUUUCUAUGCAUUCAGAUCUUGGUUAUGGUUACGUACGAUCAAUUCGAUGACAGAAGUAAGUAAGUAAAUUAAUUACAUUGGAAGUAUGAUUUCCCUAGUGGGAGUAGACAGAUAAUUUUAACAAUUAAACAUCAUAAAGUGGUUAGUUAGAUAGAUAGCUGUAGGGCGCAGGUCACUAACAUGUAUACUGUACAGUAUAACAUAAUACUAACUUCACUUUAGGUAGCUGGGCAAUCGUACUAUUUUUAAUGCUAUAAAUGUUUUGUUCGUUGUGUAGAAGCCGGCGAGACAAAUCAUGUAUUGUGUACGCGUUCACGGUUUGUUAUUUAUUUGACAAAGGGUAUAAUACGAGAUUGAAUAUUAUGCUGUUAUUUGGUUACGAAAACAUUAGAUUGUUUUAUUGUAGCAACGAUAUUGUAUGUUUUACGUGUGUGUGAAGUUGUAUCGUGAAAAAUAUCUUGUUUAGUUACAAAUACAAUUCAACAUAAUUUACAAGUGAUGUCUCAAAACUUAAAAUAAAAUGUAUCGAUAAAAAUCUGCCUUUUAAUGCAUUUGAAUUUUUAUUGCAAUAUUUUGUUUUGUCAGUGUUAUUAUUGAAUUGGCUAAAAUGGUCUAAUGAAGACAGUGCGCAUUUUGUUUUUCUAGGCUUAUUUUAGAUUACAUAUUAUUGUUAAUUUUUGCUUCAUAAGGUAUUUAUUUUAGUUAUGAUACUUUUAUAUGGAUACAACAGUAUACAAAUAUAAUCCCCGUUUAUUAUUAAAAUAGAGUAAUAGCAAAGUGGAUACAAAUACAAAAAUACCACAAGUAUACCAUGGCAUAGAUAUUGGAAAAACGCUUGGUACUAAUUUUGAGUGAUCCAUUAAAUACCUCCUAAUCUGACUUGAAAAUUGUUGAAAUAUUUAAAAGUUAAUUUCUAAGAUUACGAUUAAGUUAGUAAUUUAAUUAUAUGAAUGAAAUUCAGCAGCUCUUCUAUAGCAAAAUUUAGCUUUUCUUACUUAGUUUCAAAGUACAAAAUGAAAGCCUACCU